AUGAGUACAGACACCAAGCCGGAUGGCGACAUGACGUCGUGCCUUAAUCUCAUGCGCCGCAUGCCACCGCGUGAAGUCGAAACAAAUACUUACCAUCUUACUCGCAUUGUUCCUUCACUUGCAGAUGAUUUGUACCAACGUGUGGAUCAACCGCUCCAAGUUGGUGUUGAUCCAGCGAACGGUCGAAAAUAUUUGCUUUGCGACUAUAAUCGUGAUGGAGAGUCGUAUCGCUCGCCAUGGACAAAUCAGUACCAUCCUCCACUUUCUGAUACUGAAAGUUUUUAUCCAUCUAAGACACUGCGAGGUCUCGAAAUUCAAGCAAACGAGAUCUUUGACUCCUAUCGUGAAUUGUACUACCAAGGUGGCAUUUCGUCUGUGUAUAUGUGGGAUUUAGAGCCAGGUUUUGCUGCAUGUUUCCUUAUAAAGAAAGAUGUUGAAGAUCAGCGAUUUGUACAGAAAGGAGAGUGGAAUUCAAUCCAUGUGAUCGAAGUUCAGGAGUGCAGCGACGUGUUGGAUAAAGGCGUGAAAAAAGCGACGUAUCGCUUGACAACGUCUGUGCUGCUGUUCAUGAAAGUCAAGAACUUAGAAUUGGGUCAUUUGACGCUUGAUGGAGCACUAACACGGCAGGCAGAGCGAGUAGUGGAAUUUCAAGAUCAAUUUGCGCAUGUGUCGAAUAUGGGGCGGAUGGUGGAGGAUAUGGAGAUUGAUAUGCGCUCGAGUCUAGAUGGACUAUAUAUUUCGAAGACUCGGGAAGUGAUCAAUGGCAUGCGUAAAUUACAGCAAGGACCGGCAAUGGCAAACCCAUUUGUCAAUGAAUUGACUGGCGCAGUACUAAACCACGGACAGAAGAAACAGCAAGAGUAA